UUCUUUCGAUUUUCUACAGUGAACGAGAUCCAGAUUACUUCCAAACAUUCAGAUCAUGAUAUGGUUAACUCUAUCAUAGUUUCUAAAAACUCCUAUAAUUAUGCUAAACAAGUAUUACUGUUUUUUUAAUAUACAUUCAUUAAUUUCUUAAAACUAAUGAUUUUCUAAUCAUUUAUCGAUUCGUUCGAAAUAUUUCUGUCAUCGAUUAUCUUAUCCAUAUUUUCAUAUAGGGUUUGUUGAUAAUUAUGAAAAGUAAAUGUAUAUAAGUAUUUUUUCUUAAUAUUGUAUCUUUAUUAUAAUAUGAGUACAAUGAGAGAAGAAGAUAUGUCUUUUAAUUAUCCACAGAUUUGUAGAGCAUGUUUUGAUCCUAGAAACAUAAUGUUUUUCGAAAGUCAACACUAUAUAUGGAAAGUUUUUCAAGACGUAACAAAUAUUCAGUUUUUACAUGGUGAUAAACCCAAUUACAUCUGUCACGAUUGUAUCCAAAAACUCAAAGAUAUUGCGGUUUAUGUUGAUUUAUGUAGGACAAACGACGCAGCCCUUAAACAAUAUAUCUUAAAAAAACAAUUACUUCGACCAAAUGUACCAAUAAAAGAAAUAAAACCCGAAAUUCAAAGUAGUAUUAAAUCACAAUCUAUUCAUCAAAAUUUGUCUCCAAUAUCCGGUUUCGUAAAACACGAAGCUGUAGGCGAUCAUUUAAAAUUGUAUUUGGACGAAGAGUCAACAGAAGUAUCUGAAGAUAUCAGAGAUACACUUCUACCUAUGACAUCGACGGAUUGUUGCGAACCAGGAUGGAAUCAAUUAAUUAACGAAACAGGAAGUCAAUCUUACGAAGAAGAGGAACCCCUACUAGGUUUAAUGAAAGAAGAAAAACCUUUCGCAAAAGGAGAAGAUAGAAUCAGACCGUGGCAUUGCAAAUACUGCUCUAAAUCAUUUAAUCUAAAACAUCAUCUAAUAGGUCACCUCAAAAUUCAUUCCGGUAUCAAACCUUAUCAAUGUGUAACAUGUUUAAGACCGUUUGCAGAUCGUAGUUCCAUGAAUAGACAUCUAAAAACCCAUACGGGCGCUAAACCGUAUUUAUGUAGAAUAUGUGGUCAUUCGUUUGCUGAAAAAUAUUAUCUAGCCAUACAUCACAGGAGCCAUUCAGGGGAAAAACCCUACAGUUGCGACGUGUGUUCGAAACGGUUUUCUCGAAAAGACACCCUCAAUAUGCAUUUGAAGACCCAUACUGGGGAAAAACCCUAUACUUGUACGGUUUGUCAAAAGACAUUUUCAUUUAAACAUCACCUCAUCAUACAUUCGAGGAAUCACAACGGGGAGAGACCGUUUCAUUGUGUUACUUGUUCGAAAUCCUUCUCAGACAGGAGUUCUUUCAAUAGACACAUCAAAUCAUAUUGUAGGGUAAACGGGAAUGGUACUAACUUGGAAAAGGGACAGAUUUUUGAUAGUACGGAACAAGAAGUUUAUGUCGAUAUAAAAAAUGAUAAUUAGGUUAUGAUGUUUACUAAAUUUGUAAUUGUAGGUGUGUUAGUGCUCUAAGGAUAAUAUAAGUGUGCUGUAAGGAGUUUUUUAUUUAAUUAGGUUAAUUCAAAUAUGACCUUAAAUGACCGUUUAGUGAAAUUAGAAACGUAUUAUUCGGUGGGUCUCAGUUUUUAUUUUGGAAAUUGUGUUUUUUGUUCACAUCUUAUUUAAAACUAAUAAAACUACUGUAAUUU